GGUGCAGGAACAAGUCAUCAGGUCUGAUUGGAAGGUUUAUGUGAGCGAGUCAGAGUCCUGCUGAAGAUGAAGAAAAUACUUGUUGUUUUCUACAUUUUGCUAAACCAGGUCAUUGGCCAGACAGAAGACUUGUAUCCUGUAAAGAUUCUGGUCCGGCAGAGAACUAUAAGCGAGGGCAGUGACCUUCAUGUAAUCUGCAGCAUAUUCGGGCAAAAGAAGUACCUCUCUUUUUAUGUUUAUUUACUGAAAGAUGGACAAGGAUUUCAGAAAUUGAAACCAUGGCAACAUGUGGAUGAUGUUAUUUUCAAAAUAUUUAAUGUUCAUCUUGAUCACAGUGGAAAUUACAGCUGCUUGUACUCCACUAAAAAUUACAACCCUUCUGAUGUAAAAAGGAAAGGACAGGAUGUUGCUGAGACUCUGGUUAUACCCAAUUUCAUCCCAGCAGAGCUCUCCAUAGCUGGACCCUUCACAGUUAAUGAGGGAAGCAACGUUGAGUUUAAAUGCACCUUUUCAGAAAUCCUGCACACUCUCAAUAACUGUCAACUCAUCUACUGCUACCUGAAGAAGAAUGAGACCAUCCUUCAAGUACAAGUAUUUGAUCUUGCUCGGAUGGAAGCCUCUUUCACCAUUGAAGUCUCCUUCACUCUGUUACAGCUAAAUAAAAACCAGUACAACCAACUUGAUCCUGUUAUGUAA